UCCCAAUCAAGUCAGAAACAACUGACAGCGUUUCCAGCAUGGCAGAGGACGACGAUGUGCUGUCGGACCAAUCUCCGUUCCUACCGCUGCAAUUGACGUUCGAGGAGCAGCAGCAUUGCCAUGAUCUUAGUUUGCAAUUACUAGAGCGAACGUUACACAGCUAUGACGAGCGGCUGGCAGGUAUAACGCCUCGCCACCACGCGAACCUCGACAGCGCGCGCUGGAAACUACAGAAAACACAAGAGAAUGCAUCGAUGUACUCUGAACGCAUUCGCCACAUUAGAGGCGAUCUGCAUCUCCCCGAGGAUUGCUGGGAUGACCCCAUCGUGCUCAUGAUGGUCGGGACUAUCCCAGCACCUCUUGACGAGGUUAUGCUGGGUAUCUCGAUCCCUACUUUCGAAUCAUUCAAAGUCCGGGUGGCGACGCUCGGAAAUAUGGAUAUUGGCGGUGCAAUGCUCGCGAGACUCGUGGGUCCGACGGAGGAGAAGCCGUUUCAGAAUUUGUCCAUCUUGUACAUGGUGAGUCAAUUACCGUGGUUGGUGAGUAAGGUGGUAAAGCCUCGAGAUUUUUUGCUGCUUUCGGCCUCAGGGGUCAUUACAACAGCUGAUGGGGAGCGGAUUGGAUACGAUUUAUUGCAACCGGCCCCGUUGCCACAAUGUCCACCACAACCGAAACCCAUGAUUCGCGGCAAAUUCAUACUCGGUGCGUUGUAUCGGGAAAAGGAAGAUGGCACCGUGGACGUGUACAUGCAGCAGUAUUUGGAAGCCAUGGGCAACGUUUUCGACUCGUUCGUGAUCUCCUCGACUUGGCAAGGUCUUUUGGGCUUCUUCCAAUCACCUGUGCUUGCUGAACACAAGAAACUGAAGUGGUGUAUUGCCAACAUGAAAAGUGCGCGACGUCGGGGCCUGGUGAACGAACUCUCCGGACGCUCGAUGAAUUGCUCGCUGUGUUCUUUGGUAUUUGGACGGACUGUUCGUAGCCGUAGCAGUGACCAGAAAAAUUGCGUACUUUGUCUAGCCCCCGUAUGCUCGAAUUGUCGCGAAGAGCAAGUUUUGAGAGAGCUGGAGCGCCAUCCGAAGAAGAAAAAGAAGAAGCUAUUGGUCAAGAAGAGAUACCUGUACGUCUGUCGACCCUGUCAGGAGUUUGUGGAGAGGCAUAAAGCGAGAGAUAUUGCGAAACACAACCUCCAGGAACAGCUGACUCCAGGCUCGGAUUCCACAGGGGAUCGUAGUGUGCAACAAACCUGGGGACUGCUUUAUGGGGAUUCGAUGCCCUCCUGGUCGCCGACGCGGUCGUUGUCGAUGUCAAGUGAGUCCUUUGACACGUUUGCAUGGAGUGUCGACCGAUGUUCGCUGAAAAUAUAAGCGACAAGCUCCCAAUACUAGAGCUUUUGUCGUUCUUCGAACCAAUUUCAUACGGCCAAAGCAACUGAGAUUGUUUCUUAUUAUUCAAGCACGCGUGGAUGGGUGCAUCUAGACGGUGGAACUGUGACAUCAAGACAAAUUUACAUCAUGCAGCAUCAUUUUCAGCAACAGUUCGUCAUCACUAGUUGUUUACGGUAUUUUUUACCAAUCAAAUUGGUCAAAUAAGUUCAGAACGGAACGAUUACAUACUGCCAUGGCAGAGGACA